AUGGACAUUAACGUCUUCACAGCUGACGGCAAGCCGGCGCCGGAAGGCGAGCCAGGGGAACUGGUGUGUAAGAAGCCUUUCCCGAAUAUGCCGGUUAUGUUCUUGAACGAUCCGGAGAGGAGACGAUAUCAUGCUUCGUACUUUGAGGGGUUUUCGCAUGUGUGGACGCAUGGAGACUUUGUGAGGAUCAAUCCGGAGACGAGGGGGAUUUAUGUUCUGGGACGAAGCGAUGGGGUUCUCAAUCCGAGUGGUGUACGGUUUGGGAGUGCGGAGAUGUAUACCGUCCUCGACUCGCCCGCUCUCAAAUCUUCCGUUGCGGACGCGCUGGUUGUGGGUCAGCAACGACAAGACUCAAGAUACUCAGAUCCGACGGAACAGGUCCUUCUCUUCCUGAAGUGCACACCGUCCGCCACUUCCAGCAGCCUUUUCCCGAACUCCGGUUUGGUUGAUCAGGUGAAGCAGCACAUUAUCAAGGAUCUGAGUAGGAGGCAUGUACCGCACUACUUCUUCGAGGUUGACGAGAUUCCGUAUAACGUCAAUGGCAAGAAGCUGGAGACGUUGGUGAAGAAGGUGGUGAAUGGUGGGCCGGAGGUGUUGAGGAAGUUGAAGAUGACGGAGGAUGAGGCGAGGAUGAUGGGGAAAUUUGUCAAGUUCUAUCAUGUUGAGGGCGUUGUGAAGAGGGAGGGAAGGGAGGUGGCGAAGUUGUGA